ACUCGUAUAAAAGGUUUUAGAAAAAAACAUAAUCCUGAAAAAAUCGAUCAUGGUUUUAAGUUUCAAGGAAUUCCUCAAUAUUCAUAUAAUUGUAAUAAUAGAUUUUUCAAACAGAAGCGAUGGAUAGGUACUUUUUUUAUUCUUGUGUUGCUUUGGAGUUUCUUAAAGUUGAAUUUAUAUUUUGAUUUGUAG